AUGGCUUUACGCUCACAACUCCUGCGCAUCGUAAACAAUGGACAACAAAUACGACACCUUCACGAGUUGAAUUCAAAGGAGCGCGCAGGAGUGGAAAAACUUCGUGAUGUGUUAGGAGAUAGACUGAAAGAGAUCAAACGAGCAAAGACUUGGAAGCAUGAACGGAUCAUUACCUCUCCCCAAGACAGAACGGUGACAGUUAAAGGUGCUGAAGGAGAAUUCCUGAACUUCUGCGCAAAUAAUUAUUUAGGUUUAUCGAAUCACCCUGAAGUGGUAACAGCUGCUCAAGAAAGUUUAAGCAAGUAUGGAGCUGGCCUUAGUUCGGUGCGUUUUAUUUGUGGAACGCAAAGUUUACAUAAGGAACUAGAAAACCGGUUGACUAAAUUCCAUCAACGCGAAGACACGAUCUUGUAUGGGUCCUGUUUUGAUGCAAAUGCUGGGCUAUUUGAGGCGAUGUUAACGCCCGAAGAUGCUGUAUUUUCAGAUGCCUUGAACCAUGCCUCUAUCAUCGACGGCAUUCGACUUUGUAAGGCCCAGAAGUUCCGGUACCCACAUCGGGAUCUGAGUGAAUUGGAACAUUUGCUCGCGCACUCCGAAGCUCGUAUAAAGCUGAUUGUUACUGAUGGAGUCUUUUCGAUGGAUGGUAACGUGGCACCGGUGAAGGGUCUGAGGGAUUUGGCAGACCGAUACAGAGCCCUCUUAGCAAUUGAUGAUAGUCAUGCUACGGGAUUCUUUGGAGCUACUGGCAGGGGUACAGAAGAGUUCUGUGGUCUUAUGGGUGCUGCUGACAUCAUCUGUUCAACCCUGGGUAAAGCCGUGAGUGGAGCUGCGGGGGGCUACACCACCGGUCCCAAAGAACUCAUCACUUUACUCAGAAAUGUUUCGAGACCAUAUCUGUUCUCCAAUGCACCGCCGCCACCUGUCGUUGGAGCUUCUUUGAAGGCUCUUGACGUAGUAGAACGCAGCAACGAACUCCGUGAGCGGCUGCAUCAGAACACCAAGGCCUUCCGCGAGGGUAUGCAGGCUGCGGGUCUGACGGUAGCUGGUGACGGCCAUCCCAUCUGCCCCGUUAUGGUUGGAGAAGCUCCGUUGGCUGUAGAACUUGCUUCUGGGAUGUUAGUUAAAGGCGUCUACGUGGUAGCAUUCAGUUACCCAGUAGUACCGAAAGGGCAGGCGCGAGUGCGGGUGCAAAUAAGCGCUGCCCACACCGAAGAAGACAUUAAAAUGGCAGUUGACGCAUUCGCGGAGGUCGGAACUAAGAUCGGGCUUAUCAAGAAAUAA